CUCCGGUCUGAGAAUGUCCGUAGAACCACACAUUCAGGAAAUACCGCCAGAUUACCAGGAGGUUGUGGCAGAGGAUCAAAGUGAAAAUAAAGCAACAGAUAGAACAGACAACGUGAAUGUUGGAUUUGAACCGGACAUUGACAGAAUCGAGGUGGCAGUCGAGUCGACAGAGGGAUCCAAGAAAGGCGGUAUAACAGGUAAAACAACUCCAGCAGCUUCAUCAGUCAUACCGUCCUCCAGCACCAGUGAAAAAAAGGCCAGCAACAUCCAGGGUAUGGAAACACUCACUACCCAGGAGGAAAAGAUGCUAUCUGUGCUACGUGACGUCGCACAGAAAUGUACAAAUGCUAAUCCACUGAAACGCCCAACUGCAGAGCAGGUAUUGAAAAUGCUUCAAGCCAUCAAUCCGUAUCCCGACGAUUAUGAUGACGACGAUGUAGACGAUGACGAUGCCGAUGAUGGCGACGAUGUUGAAAUGAAGUACAAGGUCGAGGACGUAGCCGUCACGAAAAUUAGAAAUGAAAUUGCGCUAGUAACGUCCUAAGUAAUACUACCUGCCAUAUCAAGGGGAUCAUUUACAGACAUGUCCGUAUUAUGGUCAUUUUUUACAGUCAACUUCCUUUUCCGGUUCGUCCAUGCAUCCUGCGUGAAUCAUAACCUGGUUUAGAGUAAUGACUCAGUGUUAUUUUCAACAUAUUUCCUUUUGUCUAGAAGUUUUUUUUGUCGAUGUUUAACCUAUCUCUUUUAAUAUGAUAUGUUACGUCAUCAGUUUUUAAAGCACAUUUUUUACUAUUGGUUUUUGAAU